CCGGAGCCCCGGAACUAUAGUUCACUUUACAACUCGGCUCUCGAGACUUCUGUCAGCCUCCUGGGAAACAAAACCCUGCGGGAACAGAGCGUCCCCUGCCGGACUUCGCCCGGGAGAUGCCGUGUGGGGCUGCCGAGGGCCACAGAGGGUCUCGGGUCGCUUGAUAGAGAAACUGGUGGACUAGCCAAUCAGAGGAUUCCUGCACCUGGGCACCCGAGAAUGGAAUGGGAGAGCCAGGCACAUCCAUAGCAUGAGUGAGCUGGUGACCCCAGAUAGCAAUCGGGAGAAAAAGAAAAGAACACUGUUGCAGUUCCUCUCAGAUCACUUCCAGGACAUCCAGACCCUGAGAGAGUACUUGCUUCAGAAACAGAUCUCGAAAGUCAACCAGGAGAAUCGAUCCUUCACUAAUAUCCAAGAGAGAUAUGGCCCGUAUGUCGCAGGUGCUCUCUUCGUCCUGAAGCAGGGAGGAGCAGUGAAGUUUCAGGACCAGGAGUGGAUCCGGCCAAAUGACCGUGGCCAUUUUCUUGCCGAGUUUCAGAAGUUCCAGAAGGUGCCAGUGGAGGCUGUGGAUGCCAGUGGCUGUGCCAUCAACUACCAGGGCCUGAGUAACCUCUUGCCCCUGAAGGAGCUGCGGUCCCUGUCCCUGCAGCGCUGUCCCAACUUGGACGACUGGUGCCUCGGCCGCCUCUACCUACUGGCUGGCUCACUGCAGGAGCUCUCGCUGGCUGGGUGCCCCAGAAUCUCAGAACGGGGCCUUGCCUGCCUCCACCACCUCCAGAACCUCCGCAGGCUGGACAUCUCAGACCUCCCUGCCGUGUCCCACCCAGGUCUCACUCAGAUCCUGGUGGAAGAGAUGUUGCCCCAUUGUGAGGUCCUUGGAGCUGACUGGGCCCAGAGUCUGAAGCUGGAGCCAGCUGAGCAGCUUCCGGACACAUCUAGUCCCCUCUCUUCCUAGCCUGUCCCCCCGCCCCCCAAGGGUCUUGUGGGCUUGUGUCUGAGUCUUCUCACACUCAGCUUCUGGUGUAGUUCAUCAGCACGGAGCAGCACGAGAGAAAAGGCAGCUUGAGUCAGGACUGAGUCACUGCUGCCUACAGCUGGCAAACAUCUGUUGCCUGGGCAGACAGCCCUCCAUGCACAGCCGCAUGCAGCUCCAUAGUUUCCCAUUAUUCCUGUUUGUCAAAAUUUCCCCCAAACUCUCCCAUACAUAUCAACAGGAACUGUGGCUGACAUGAGAUACUGCUGUCCCUUUACAGUGACAGUUCUCCCCUGUGCCUACACUGACUGAAGUCCAGCAGCGUGCCAAGCCCCAUGGCAUUGCCCAUUGAUUUACUGCUUUGCACCUUCAAAUGUGGGAGUCCGAAUGUGUCUGCCCACCCCAGCCCCAAAUGGAGAUGAGUGUUUGAGAAAAUAUUCUCUUCAUCUGGCACAACAGACUUUGUCAGUAGAGGGCGCUGGAGAUAAUGAAGAGGACCGUGCAGGGACUUUAAAGUGUAGAUGCAGCAGGGUAUCUGGGUGCUACAGGGUGGCAGUUCUCCAGCACCCAGAUUGCUGGGUGGCCAGCAGCUUGAACUGUGACUGACCUCUGGCACCCAUGUCACCAGUGGCUCUGUCAUGACUACAGUACACAGUGGAAAUGUGUGAUUCUUUAUAUUAAAUUUUCGCUGUUUACAUUA